AUGAAAGUCAAAUUCUCACCCGCUUCGUUCGUCAAGAUGAUCCGGGCUGCACUAAAGGCGUGGCAAUGUGUGGCAAAGUAUACUACCAAACCUCUGCUUAGUCAGGGGGUGGAAGGAGACGUGGCAAUGGCCAAGAACUGUCGACGAUCGUUUAAUGUUCCGGGUAAGAAAGAGCAAAGAAUCAAUAUUGCGCUUGAGGACAAGAUCAAGUUGAUCACUCCGGAAAAAGUGAUCUUUUACACGCUAUCUGCACCUCGAGUUCGAGUGGUGGCACUUGCCAAUUGGGAGGCAGCACCUACGUUCGUUCUCGAUGAACAUUUAAGGAACAGUUUUUUUCAGGAAAAUGCUGACGGAUUGCUACACAAGUGCAAUCCAUUCUUGUCUGGCAAGCGUAGAGCCCACAGUGACGAUGACAUUGUGUCCGAAACACCGACAGUCUCGACCGACUGCUCUGUCAUUCCGGAGAGUGAUGUCGAAAGCCAGAAAUUGAACGAAGAGGUCAAAGAGAAAAAGAUAUCUGUAACACUAGAGACGCAAACGCGUAAAGUGAAGGCUGACCAAGUCUAUCACCAAUGCAAUGAUGUCAACACGGCGAUGAUCCAAAGAAACAAAAACUUCCAUGAUACCAAGCCAAACAAGCACACGUCUCACUGGAUGUGUGUUGGUUAUGGUCGCUAUAUUAAACAAGCCGUGGAGCAAACAACAUAG